ACGAACGCGGAAAACAAGAACAUUUCUCUGUUCGAGUUGGUCGUAAUCGUAUAUAGCCGAUCAGCUCGCUCGAAUUUGUUGAACUAAAAGUGACUCCAAUUUGCCGCAAAAAUAAAGUGUUCAACUUUUCCAAAGUGUUCUAAUAAAUUGUUAAGUGUAAACAUGUCUUUCUUGCAGUUAUUCUUAUAUAUUGCAAUCGUAAGAGUAGGUGCGUUUCCUGAUCGUCGACCGAUUAAUUACACCGUAUGCGAGACCGAUGCGUGUCGCACAGUAGGACAGAUGAUUCAACGUGGUAUCAACUAUUCUUCUGAUCCUUGUGAUAAUUUCUACAAUUAUGGAUGCGGUUCAUGGGCGGCGAACAAUCCUAUCCCCCCCAGUGCAUUAUAUUGGAAUACAGAUGAGGUGUAUGUUAUGAAGAUAAAUCAACGACUCAAAGAGAUACUUGAAGAACGAAGCAAAUAUGACGAAUUACCGCCUGUACAAAAACUCAAGCAAUAUUAUCGCUCAUGCAUGGACAAAGAUGCGAUCGAGAAGGAAGGACUCGAACCUAUGAUGACAAUGUUAGAUGCGACCGGUGGGUGGCCAAUUAUAAUGGAGAAUGAAGGCACAAACUUGGAGAAUCUUACUUGGCAAGAUAUCGAUAAUGCUUAUACUCAGAAUUAUGGCAUUAGCAGUUUUUUCGGGAUUAAUUAUGAACCUGAUGAUGAAGAUUCAAACCGCAAUAUACUUACGAUAAAUAUAGAUGGGACAUCUUCUAUUAAAAAGAAACUUUAUUCAGAAGAAAUAUCGUUACCGGAUCCGGAACUAACUGAAAUGGAGGAAAUAAUAAAAGCUUUUGCCAAAUACAAAGGAACCAAGAUAAAUGAAGAAAAAAUAGACAAGGAAAUAGAAGAUUUAUUCCUUUUUGGAGAUAAAUUGGACCAAAUCUUUAGUAUGUCAUAUCAAGAAACUUAUAAAGAAAUGAAGCAAAAUUACACCAAAAUGAAGAUUUCAGAAUUACAAGAAUAUUACGAUCUUGCAAAAACUGAAAACACAACUUCUAAAAUAAAUUGGCUGCAAACGAUACAAUCUAUUUACAACAAUGUUAACGUGAGUAUUAACGCUUCCAGACCUGUGAAUGUAUACAAUAAAAAGCUUCUGCACAAAUUGGCAUAUUUGUUGGAUGAAACAUCGCCUCGUAUACUUGUGAAUUUCGUACAAUGGAAUAUUGUAUAUCAAUUUGUGUCGUUUCUGACCAAAAGUAUGAGAGACAUUGAUUUCAAAUUAACCUAUGGAACAUACAAUAUAACCGAACAAGGACCGCGGUGGGAAACUUGCGUUGAGGCAAUACCGUUGCAAGACGUCUUAUCUUAUCUCUAUAUUAAGAAGUACAAUAUGACACAUAAUAUAAAAGCUGCGACUGAAAUGACUGCGGAACUAAAAACGGAGCUGAGAAAUCAUAUACUAUAUUCAAAGUGGAUGGAUAAUAAUACGAAGGAGUUUAUAAUAUCCAAAAUAGAUAAUUUGAUACAACUAAUUGGUUAUCCCGAAUGGUAUAAUAAUCAGACUGCACUCAUCAAACGCUACGAAGGAUUGCAGAUAGGUCAGAAUUAUUUCAAAAAUGUUUUAACAGUCGUGAUAUACGAAAUGAGAAGAUUUCUUAAAGAAUUUCGAAAACCUGUGAACAAAUACGAAUGGGUUGAGUCCCCUCUAAAUAAAAAUUCUUUUUAUUACUCAUUGAGUAACGGAAUAAAUAUACCAAUAUCUGAGAUCCAGGAUCCGUAUUUUGCUCCCGGCAUGCCACUUGCAUUUAAUUACGGUAGUGUAGGUACGGUUAUCGGACACGAGCUUACGCACAGUUUUGAUAGCAAUGGAAUGCAACAUGAUAAGUUCGGCAAUAAAUAUUCACAACAUUCUAAGAAAAUGAAUGAAGCUUACAAGGAAAGACUAAAGUGCUUUGUGGAUCAAUAUAAUAAUUUCACAAUAAUAACAACAGACGGAUAUGAAGAACGAAUAAAUGGCCUACUUACAAGAAAUGAAAAUGUCGCUGACAAUAUUGGCCUCGAAAUUGCCUUCGCAACAUUUAAAAAACUCUUACUAACUGCAGGACCACAACCGAAAUUGCCAGGAUUAACGAAUCUCACUGACGAACAAUUGUUUUUCUUAUCCUACGUAAAUGCAUGGUGUGAAACAUCAAGAGACUUUUACGAGGAAGACUCUAUUAACACUGACGUUCACGCAUUUCCAAGAUUUCGUAUAGUCGGCUCUGCGGCUAAUAUGAUAUCUUUCUCUAAAGCGUUUAAUUGCUCAGUGAACAGCCCAAUGAAUCGUAAAUCCAAGUGCAACUUAUGGAGAUAGGCUGAAAUAUCGAAAAAACUUUACAAAUUAAUCCGAAUUAAAUAUUAACGCGUUAAGAAUAUAACAACCUGUAAGAUUUUAAAGAAACUUUAAAACUUUCUUAUACUAUUAACUCUUGGUUGAACAAUCGAAACAACAUGGAAGAAAUAAUAUUAUAUAAAAUUUUGUCUUGAUUUUGUCUUAGCACUAUUUAUAAGUGGGAUUUUAUAAAUAAAACAGA